UUUUAGAAGUAGUGUUUACAUGUCCUCUGGAGUGGACUUGCUGGAGGCAGUGGGACGGGUGUGUGCUGCUAUUUUCUGAAUCUCUGUGCUGCUUGGAGUCUACUCUUGGCAUUCCCUGCCUGCCAUGGGAGGACCAUGGGUGCCCCAACCUGUCACCACCACCAGCUCUGUGCUGCUGUGGGUAGCAUUAUUGUGUCUAGCUCCAGCCAUCAGGAGUGAUGGUCCCCCAAGGGCAAUACUGACCCUGGAACCCCCAUGGUUCAAUGUGCUCCGAGGGGACAAUGUGACUUUGAAUUGUGAAGGGUUCCAGACCCCUGGACAUGAUUCCACCGAUUGGCUCCACAAUGGGUCAACUGUCCACAUCCACCAGGAUUCCUAUACCAUCCCAGCUGUCAACAUCGAGGACAGUGGGGAAUACCAGUGCAGGACAGAACACACUGCUCUCAGCAACUCUGUGAAACUACAGGUCUCUAGUGAUUGGCUGCUACUCCAAGUAGAGAGAUUAGAAUUCAUGGAAGGUGACUCUAUGACCCUGAGGUGCCACAGUUGGAGAAGCAAACCACUGCACAAAGUCACAUACUACCACAACGACCAAGCCUUAAAGUAUGAACUUCAGAGUUUUAACUAUAUUGUUCCUCAAGUGAACUAUACUCACAGUGGAUCUUACUACUGUACAGGGUUUAUGGGACAUAUUUCCCAUCUAUCUGCAACUGUGGUUAUCACUGUCCAAGGAGGAAAGCCAAGCACUGCGAAUGUGGUUAUAAUAACACUGGUCCUGGUGGUUGUGAUUGCUAUAAUUGCUGCUGCUGCCCUGUAUUACUACAAGCGACACAAAAAACCAGCCCAUACUCCUGAUGAGAUCGGAAGGAUUGAGGUGGAGAAUUCGAUGUCUUAUUCACUUCUAAAGCACACAGAUAAUCCUGAGGAAGAAGCAUCAGGACGCUCAACUUAUAAGAAUCCCCAAUAGUCAUAACCACCUCUAUCCCUCCCACAGUGGCCCUAACCUGCUUGUUCCCACAAGCACCAGAUUAAGGCACCUGGUGGACCUAAGGCUGGAGACCAGCUGCUUCCUGAGCCAACUUUGCCAUUCCAGGAAAAUGGAUUUGAAAGUCUCUUUUGCAGUUGUCUGCAUGAAUCCUAAACUGCUUUUAAACACUUGAAGGCAAUUGACUGUCAGUGUUUACACUGCCUCUCUGUGCUGCCAAUAUCUACCCAAUCCAAAUGACUUCAUAUCCUGAAUCACUCUUGCACAAUACUUUGGACAAUCCAAAAUGUCCAAGUCCCUUUAAAGGAACUGCUCUGCUCCCUCCUGAAAUUUCUCCCUCCCUAGGGCAGGCUUUAAUUGUAAAGUCAGUUUUCUCUUUCCAUAGGUGUUGGGGUGGGGUCAGGAGGUGGCUGAGUAUGGCUUUCCUUAGAGAAGGAUGAUGUACAAGAGAUGAAAUAGGAUGUCUCUGUACCCUGAAUCUCCUUGUCCCACCCCUAAAGAGUCCUCACUAUUUUGUGUUGAAAUGGCGGGUCCUGGGGCAGAAGACAGUGGGCCUCAGCCACCUGUUUUGUCACAGCCUGCUUUUGAAAAGUCUGGUGCUUUAUGGAAACCUCUCUGGUUUUUACAUUAGUCCUCUCUAGCUGUGCUCUCCCUUGAAGUACCAGAUAGACAAUAAUUUAGGAAGCUUGAAGAGGAAGAAAUGCCCAUGAACUACCAACUCAGAUUCAACAAUGCCAUAAGAACCUCACUGCCAGUGUAGAGUCCUUGGUGCUAAAGGUUUUGGGGCUCAAUGUGAAUCUAGCCUGUAGUGAGCAAGAGGCCGAUAAGGCAUGCAAGGGAUUAGGAAAGAGGGAUCUGGGAAAGGGGUCAGAGAAUGUCACUUGUAAUCACUCCUUUCUAGGCAGGCAUUGUUUCCCUGAGAGGUGGGCAUCUCAGUGUUGCUGUUCUGGUUGGGGCCUAAUCUCUUGGCCCAGGGUAGGUGGAGUGGGUUGGGGCAGGGGCAUCAAAGGCAUCUUGGGAUGAGAAGUGGCAUGGUGCUGUCCAAGGAAUGCUGGAGCUGAAGGAAGAGAGCCUGAGUUUGAUCAGUGCCUCCUCUACUUACUAGGAAUAUGACAUUGGGUAAGUCAGCUCAACUUGCUGGGCCUCAAGUUUCCCACCUGUCAAAAGAGAGGAUUUUAUUAGAUAAUCUCAAUUCAAUUCAACAAUGCUCAUUAAGCAUUUGCUGUGUAUCUCUGGCACUUACUGUCUAUCAGGAUCCUAUUAUCUAUGGCUUCCUAACACACUGAUACCCUUCUUCCCCUUUCCCACUCAUUUCUCCAAUCUCCCCACGGAGUAAGGUUAAGGAUAUACAUUCUGUAUCGUCAGAAUGUAUGUUUAAUUAAUAAAAGUGAUUUUAAUUAAGCCUUCUUGAGCUCAUGUUCUAAUUUUUUUUAGUGUCUUUUUAGUCAAGGUAGGAAAUCAUACUGUCAUACCUUGGGCAAGUCACUUAGCUGACAUUUAUAAAGUGCCUUAAGGUUUGUAAAAUGUUUUGCAUAUAUGGUCUCACUUGAUCACGAGAAUAAUUAUUUUUAUUCUCAUUUUACAGAUGGGAAAACUAAGGUAGAGAUUGCUGACAUUAUUUGCCCCUGCUUAUGAUAAGCUAAUAAGGGUCAGAGGCAAGAUUCCAACCUAAGCCUCUCCUGACACCAAAUCCACUUCUUUUUCCAUCAAUUUCCAAUGCUGCCACUCAGGGCUUUGGUUUACUCUUCUGUAAAAUGAGGGGUGUUGGACUAUACAAUCACUAACAUUUCUUCCAGUUCUCACAUUCCAUGAUCCUACAUAUAAUAAAGCAUUGUUAUUAUCUCAUAA